AUAUGAAUGGAAAGUCCCAACCCACCUGACCUCUUUGUUUUUAUUGCUUUAAAAACCGACAGUAUCUUUCUUAUAUAAAUUCAAACUAAAUUAUUCAAACAAAAACAGAGCACAACUUCUCAGCCAGUGUGUGACGAUCUGCUUCCAUCCUCUCCUUUAGAUUCCCGUGAUUCUGCUCAGGUGGGGAUGAUAGAAUGCAGCGUUUGCCAUUCGAAAAUAGCAUCGCCGAACAGCAAAUCCGUUUAUAGGGCUUACGAUAGGCAUCGCAACCAUGUCUCCUCCAAAACCCGUUUCCUCAAUGUGCUUUUGGUCGGUGGUGACUGCGUUUUGGUCGGUUUACAGCCUAUUUUGGUUUACAUGUCAAAGGUGGAUGGGGGUUUCAACUUUAGUCCCAUUAGCGUUAACUUUCUCACCGAGGUGGCCAAAGUUAUUUUUGCCAUCGUUAUGCUCUUGUUCCAGGCUCGGCAUAAGAAAGUUGGGGAGAAAUCUCUUCUCUCAAUUUCUACAUUAGUGCAGGCUGCUCGAAAUAAUCUGCUUCUUGCUGUUCCAGCUCUACUUUAUGCUAUUAAUAAUUACCUAAAGUUUAUUAUGCAGCUUUAUUUCAAUCCUGCAACAGUGAAGAUGCUAAGCAACCUGAAGGUUUUGGUAAUAGCUAUCUUGUUAAAGAUGAUCAUGAAACGGCGAUUUUCUAUUAUUCAGUGGGAAGCUCUCGCUCUGUUGCUUAUUGGAAUUAGUAUAAACCAGUUGUGGUCUUCACCAGAGGGUACUACUUCAUUCGGUCUUCCAGUUGCAGCAGGCGCAUACUUGUACACAAUAAUUUUUGUUACUGUUCCAUCCCUGGCAUCAGUCUUUAACGAGUAUGCUAUGAAGAGCCAAUUUGAAACAAGCAUUUACCAUCAGAACUUAUUUCUUUAUGGAUAUGGUGCCAUGUUCAAUUUCCUAGCCAUCCUCGGAACUGCAAUUUUCAAAGGUCCCAGUAGCUUGGAUAUCCUGCAGGGACAUUCAAAGGCUACCAUGUUUUUAAUAUGCAACAAUGCAGCCCAAGGGAUCUUAUCAUCUUUCUUCUUCAAAUAUGCAGAUACAAUCUUGAAAAAGUACUCCUCAACUAUUGCCACAAUUUUUACUGGCAUAGCAUCUGCUGUUUUGUUUGGUCACACCCUGACUAUAAACUUUGUUUUAGGAAUCUCAGUUGUGAUUAUCUCCAUGCAUCAGUUUUUUUCAGCACUUUCAAAGGUUAAAGAUGAACAACAAGGUGGUAGUUUUGAAAUGGUGGAUAGCCAAGACAGCCGGAGGUCUAAGGAUGCAUCAUUCCUAAAUAUGACCGCUGGAGCAAAUGAAGAUGCUAGUCAUCGUGUUAAUGAGGAGGAAAAAAGACCGCUUCUUCCAGUUUAGGUUCUCAUGUAUUGGGCAGGAACACAUUUUGGAGCAUACAUUCUUUUAGGUGGACUCAUUUACAGAAGAUAAUACAGCUUUUGUAACUGAAUAGAAUAAAAAAAAAAUACCAUCUAAUGACUCACAAUUCAUUACUUCUUUUUGGGAUACCCUUCCUCAUCUCAUGCUUUGGAGCAGUUGCCCCAUCACAGCAUAGCUUAUGAAACCAGUGGGCUGGCUCAUCAGCAGCAAGCUGAAGAUCUGCUAUAGAAGAAAAGUUUCAAUUCUUAUACCGGAAUUAUAGAUUUCUUCUUUUUCUUUCUUCUACAUCGGGUAAAGGAGUAAUUAUUUUCUUUCCUUAUGUUGUACAUGAUGCCCUGUAAAUGUCUCAGGGAUCAUUUGUGAACAUGCCAAGAAUUCUAUAUGUAGUUUUGCACUGAUUUCAUUGAUA